AAAACCAAUUUGCAAAAAACUAUCACAUAUUAUGUUGCCAUUACACGCAUUGUUGAAGAAUACGAGCAAUAGUUUGACUAAGUACUUACUUAAACUCCAAUAUUCUGUACAUUGAUUGUACCUUGCACAGUAUAAAGUACAUUACUCAACAUGGACUAAUAUUUAUUUUAUCUGUCAGAUGGGCAUGUAUAUCGGUAUAUGUUUCCAAUAUGCAGGACUUGGAAAAUUUGGUGACUUCAAGUAUUCCAGAAGGAAGAGAGAAACUUGUCAAAAACUCUUUAAAUCUUAACGAAAUAGCAACGAAAAGCGAGAAUGAUUUCAAACAGGCCCGCAGUAAAGACACUGAGAAAGCUGUUGUGGAGCAGACAAAAAACUGUGUGACGCACGCGUUGGCAAGCGUGGCGCAGCAAAUCAAUAAUCUGGUAUUUGACAUUAACAAGCUUAUUGAGGAAGAAUCUCGCGAGAUAACAGCUUUACAAUAUGAAGUGAAUCAACUUGAAAUGAAAGGGAGAGCUUUCGAUUCAAAACAAGAUAUGAAGAGACUGUCUCAAUUCAUCUCAUAUAAAUUCAAGGAAGGCAACAAGCGAAAGUCCAGACGAUGCAAACGUGUUCGGCACUCAAGGCACAAAUAUCACUCGACAGCCAUUGACUAUAGUGUGCUGGAUAAGGUUGGCCAUGGUAUGGUAUUUACACCUCCAAAGUCUAAUGUAUUCAACCCCUCAUCCAUAUAUGAACCACCAAGCCCUGGACCCCAUAACCAUACCAAGAAGUUUUCAAUCGCAGAUCCAAUCUGGAAGUCCCCGAUUGAAAUCGCUAACAAAUCUAAAAAAAAUGAACCAAUCUACGAUUUUAAAGUCACAAAUAGCACAUCGAGUAUCUCUAAUCUCGGAGUCGGAGAAAGCAUUUACAGUGAUAUGUCUGUCGUAGAGAGCUUUUCCACAUCCAGCUCGCCUUCAUCGUUACGUCUUAGACUCGAGUCCGAUUCUUCUGAUUUUGUCCAAACUCCAAAACGCAAAGUAUCAAAAUAUUUUAUGUUCAUGAAAUCAAAUGAAGGCGAAUAUGCUAAUUUCAAUGAAUAUAUAACCGGCACAAGUAUGGAAAACCAAAACGCAUCCUCUUCAGAAGGUUCAAUCAAAAAUUCCCAUGACCCUAUGGUAGAUGAUGAACCGAUAUACUCUGAACCACCAUUGGAAAGCGAUGUUACACUAGCAUUAAAAGAACUUGAUGAGGCUACUAACGGAAAUGAAUACAUCUUAGACAAAUUCUUGUCACGAAACAAUUCGAAAAUGAGCCAAAUAAACCAACCCCGAUCAAUUCCGCAUCGGCCUCCAAUUAAGCCGUACAUACACUCAGUUUCCAAAGCGUUAGACAAUGAAGAGCCUCCGCCUCCAACUACUGCACCGCCUCUUCCACCAACUACAGCACCGCCUCCGCCUCCGCCUCCGCCUCCAUCUACAUCACCGAAACCGCUUCCAUUUACAGCACCGCCUCCUCCGCCAUCUGAGCCCAGUAAAAGACCUCCUUCGUCGGUAAUUCAUCCUGUGACUCCCAAACCAGAAGGCUAUGACAGAACGACACCUGGUAAACAGUUGGGCAUUCUUUUACAUGAACAAGUUAGUAUAAUUAAAGAAAAUUUAAAGCCGAUUACUCCUGUAAAGUGCCCCCAGAAAUAUGUAUCUGCUGACGACGAUGCAGUUAACGACAUUGCUACACAGAUAUCAAAACGCAUGUCUUUGAAACUAGAAGAAUCAGGAAAAAAAUCCGAAUCAACUUUACCAAGCAAAAAAGAACUAUUCAUAGCACAGCCGGAACCUCGUGGACCUCCUCCUCCUGUUGCACCUAAAAAAAGGCCUCCACCUACAAAACCAAAAAAGCCGCGUCCUAUUUCCGAAAUUGGUUCAUCAUCGAUAAACUCGAGACAGGAAUGCCCUUUAAUUGAAAACGUAAAUACAUUACGUACCUGUGUAAACGAUACACCGAAGAUUCCAGUUCCACCGAAAACAAAACCCAAACCUAAAAAUCGGUUUUCAAUGACUGAAUAAGAUGCCUAUUUGUUACUAUACUAUUACUACCACCCACCACAAUCUCCAUUACCACCAACACCACCACCACCACCAUUAUCAAAACCACAAUGCACCACCA